AUGGGCCCGAAGAAGGCGAAGUUCAAACCACCCAUCCGGCCAAAAGCAGAUGGGACGGGAUUUGUGCAGGUGCCAACGAGUGAUAGCAGCGUGGCAGCGCCACAGAGGCGUGGGCGCGAAGGGUACUCGAGCGUGAACAAUUCUUCUUCCUUGCAGGCUUCCUCUAAUCCGGUCUGUGUGGAACAAGGAAAAUCCUCUGCAGAACUGUUGUUGCAGCUCCGCUCAGAUAAUUCAUUGCCGUCGAACGAGGCGCGGCUCUCUCCUUCGUCCUUCAAGGCGCUGGGCAUUGUGAGUGGCGCAGUUGUGCGCAUUAAGGCUGGCAACACGGAGGCGUAUGCUGAGGCUUUUCUUUCCUCCUCGUGUCACUCGCAGGUCAUCAUUCUCGCUGAUGAAGUGACCACCAUUUUCAACGACAAGCAGGUGAAUGUGACUCUGAUGUCAGGUCCCUCCACGGCAGUGUCGCUUUCGCUGGUGACUGUGGAGAUCACGAGUAAUGCCCCGGGAAGCAUACGCACAGCGCAGGUGUCGGAGACGGUUCAGCCACCCUUUCUCCAGAUCCGUUCUGUCUUCCGGCGUCAGUACCAGCGGCGGUUGGUGUUUCAAGGAAUGCGGGCAAUGGUGCGCAUAGCGACGAAUGCGUUCUACGUGGAAGUCAUGCAGUGCGUACGUUCAGGGUCACCGAAGAUCGAUGGAGAAGAAGAGCAAGUUCAGGAACAAGAACACGUUACGUUGGGCAUUCUCAUGGACGAGACGGUAAUACGAGACGGUGGGCGUGAAAUUCACAAGGAAAGUGACGUUUCAGAAGACGCACCUGGCGUGGAGGAGGGUCCGGGUGCCCUGGAAAACGUUUUGGUGGUGGGAGAGGCCGGCACUGGCAAGAGCCGUUUCCUCCAGCGUGAGGGGCGUGACGCCGCAACACUUUACUGGCGCCACGUGGAGGUAAUUAAAGUGGAAGAGCUUUCUCAGGGUGAGAGGAGUGAUGUGUCCUCUUCGACGGUGUUGCACGAAGCAUUUGUGCGUGCCAAAAUCGCCGCGCCGUCGACGGUGCUGAUUGAUGACCUUCACCUCAUUUGCGGGGCCAACACUAGCACCGAAACGGGGUCACUGUGGGCAACGACACUUGUGGCGUCGGCGUUGUGCGAUGAGCUUGACGACAUUAGAAGGCGGAAACUCAACGUCCGCGUCGUCGCCAGUGCUCCAUCUGCGGAGUCGGUGGUGCGUUCGCUCCUCACACCGGAACGCUUUGGUAAACGUGUGGAGCUGCUCACGCCAGGAUCGGCGGAGGAGCGGCUGGAGUGUCUGAGUGUGUGUCUUGAAGAACGUGGAGCAUUGGGUGGUGUGUCGGUGGAGACACUUUCAAGUGUCGCACAUGAGGCACACGGUUUUACGCAGCGCGAUCUCGCACGCCUGGUGGAAGUGGCGAUGGUGGAGAACUUCCGCACGACGGCGGGGACCGGUGUGACUGACGCAUCCCUGCUGGAGGCGGCGAAGGUGGUGCGCCCAUCUGCGCUGAAGCAGUUUGAGGUGUCAGUGCCGCACGUGACAUGGAACGACAUUGGCGGCAGCGAGGCGGCGAAAAAGACGCUGCAGGACUGCGUGGCGUGGUGCCUUGGCAAGCAGCAGUGGGUGUUCCGCGCGUUUAAACUGUCGCCACCAAAGGGCGUGCUCCUCUACGGCCCACCGGGCUGCAGCAAGACGAUGCUGGCCAAGGCGCUGGCAAACGAGUCCAAGAUGAACUUCAUCUCUGUCAAGGGGCCGGAGGUAUUCUCCAAGUGGGUUGGUGACAGCGAGAAGGCAGUGCGCGAUGUCUUCACGCGCGCCCGCGCUGUAGCACCGUGUGUUGUGUUUAUCGAUGAGCUUGACGGCAUGUGCGGGCACCGCGGUCGAGGCGGCGUGUCGGACCGUGUCAUCUCACAGUUUCUCACCGAACUCGACGGCCUGCCCGCCGCGCUCGAGGAAUCCUCUGAGGCGCUGGUGUUCGUUGCAGCGACGAACCGCCCCGACAACAUCGACACGGCGGUGCUGCGGCCGGGGCGCAUCGAUCGCAUGGUGUACGUCGGUCUACCGGACCUCGCCGAGCGGCGGGCCAUUGUGCGCAUCCACUUCGCCCACAUCCCUGUCGCGCCUGAUAUCGACGCUGACUACGUGGCGUGUAGAACGGACGGCUACAGCGGCGCCGAAGUGGUGGCAGUAGUGAAGGAGGCGGCUUUCUUGCGCGUGACGGCCAACGCGAGGGCGGAGCACAUCACACGCGAGGACUUAGACGCUGCGCUGCAGAAGGUGAAACCGCGCAUCAGCUCUCGUGAUGUGGAGUGGUACAAGCGUUGGUCGAUGGGCGGGAACCGCUCAGUCCGCUGA